AUGCCAGGUCUUAACGACAGACUGAUCAACGCUUGGGAGCGAACGCAAGUAGAGCUACACGGAGCCUACUCCACGGAUCGAGUGCUGGCACUGGCACAAUAUACUCAAGAGAAGAGCUGGGCUCACAUCGCCAUGAUGUUGCUGGUCACCCCACUGGCAUGUUUGACCAUCACAGUACUGAGUGACGUCCUGCCUCUAGCUGACCCAUCCGACGGGGUUGAAGCCAACAAAAUGUUUCAAGUGCGGCAGUUCUACACGUUCGUGAUCAUCAGCUUCUUGUGUGCUCAGCAGUUCCGAACAAGCGUACGAGCGCUACCGUACCCCAACUGGAGGGUGGUCAGGAACUCAAUUGUCAUCGCUUUCCUCACGGUUGCCGUGCUGUACGGCUUGGCAUUGUGGACCGGUUUCCCUGUCCCGUUCUCGAUCAUAAUCGCGAUCCCGUCGUGGGUCGUGUUCAUCACGAUCUCCAUGGCGAUUGAAUGGCUGAGGUUGAUCCGGCAGAACCCUGGGAUAGAAACCAUGGUGCUUAACACGGCCAAGGUU